UGAAAAGUCAGAAUCAUGGCCGUUUCGAAUACGAAGGAGAAAACCACAAACAGGGAAUCGUCUCAACAACCUCUCGGAUUUGCCAAUUCCGGAUUCGUUCAAGACAAUGGAUUUGCUUCCAGCGUUCCUGCCCCUGACCGAACGGCCACGUCAGUUAUUCAGGUGUCGCCGAUGGCGAUGGAUGACGGACAAGCGGCUGAGCGGCAGACUUGGGGAAAUCCGGUCGAAUUUCUAAUGUCUUGCAUUGCCAUGUCUGUUGGCUUAGGUAAUGUUUGGCGUUUCCCUUAUACUGCCUACAAGAACGGCGGCGGAGCGUUUCUCAUUCCUUAUCUGAUUGUUUUGCUUGUUAUUGGCAAACCGCUCUACUUUUUGGAGAUGGCCAUGGGACAGUUUUCGAGCUACGGCAGUGUCAAGGUCUGGGAAAUGGUCCCCAUCUUGAAAGGUGUGGGUUAUGGUCAAGCGCUUGCGACGUGGUUCGUUGUUACUUUCUACUGCGUUUUGAUUGCCAUAUCAUUGUUCUACUUCUUCGCAUCGUUCCAAACGGUUUUACCUUGGACGGUCUGCGAUCUUAAUUGGGCCUCGUUCUCGACGUGCUACAACAGCAAUGCAAACUCCAAUCUGACUGAUUUUAACACAACUGGAUUCAAAUCUUCGUCUGACAUCUAUUUCAACGAUGAGGUGAUGAAGAAAAUCAGUUCAAUCGACGAUGGGAUCGGAUCGCCCGACUGGAAGUUGUCUCUCUGUUUGCUUCUUGCGUGGAUCAUGAUUUGUGCAAUUCUAAUGAAAGGGGUUGAAUCCUCAGGAAAAGUUGCCUAUUUUACAGCCCUCUUUCCAUAUGUCGUUCUGAUCACUCUGCUUAUUCGUGGGGUUACAUUAGAAGGCGCCUCUGAUGGCAUUCUCUAUUUCAUCAAACCUGACUGGCCAAAACUCCUUGACGUCAACACUUGGUACGCUGCUGUUGGACAAUGUUUCUUUUCACUGUCGGUCGGUUUUGGUCCGAUUAUUAUGUUUUCCAGUUACAAUUCGUUCCGACAAAAUAUUUACAGGGAUGCUAUGAUUAUUAGCAUCAUGGAUACGGCGACCAGCUUUCUCGGUGGUGUCACAAUCUUCGCCAUUUUGGGCAACUUGGCACACGAGUCGGGAAAGAACGUGCCUGAAGUUGUGACCGCUAGUACCGGGUUGGCGUUUAUUAGUUAUCCAGAUGCCAUUGCAAAGUUCGAGUACGUUCCACAGCUAUUUUCGGUGCUUUUCUUCGUAAUGUUGUUGACGUUGGGAGUUGGUAGUGCAGUGUCGUUAACCGGUUGUGUCGUCACCAUUAUUUGUGACGAUUUUCCCCACUGGAAACGUUGGAUUGUCGUCACAGUUGUGGGCGUCAUCGGAUUCUUUUCGGGAUUAGUCUACGUCACCCCCGGCGGUUUGAUUAUCAUGGACAUCGUCGGUACCCUUGGAGGUGAUUUCAUCAUCUAUCUCAUGGUCGUCGUCCAAACGGUCGGCGUUUGCUGGAUCUACGGACUGGAUCGUUUCGUUCGUGACAUUGAAUUCAUGUUGGGCAUCAAGCUAAGCGCCUACUGGAAGAUCACUUGGGCUUACGUCAUUCCGAUUGUGCUCAUCUUCAUCUUCAGUUACGCUAUGGCUACCUACAAAGCUCUCAGAGAUGGAGAUUACAUUUAUCCUUCAGCAGCCACCGGCUUUGGCUGGUUUCUGGCGGCAUUAGCUCUACUUCAGUUACCUUUAUGGGCUGUGUACGUCGUUUACAAACAAGAAGGAUUCACUGUAAUUGAGCGGAUCAAAAAUAGUUUGAAACCGACCAAAGAUUGGGGACCGAGAAAUCCUGCACAUCGUCUGGAAUGGCACAAAACCCAAAAUCCUCAAUACGUGAAGAGUUACGCUUCCAGGAUAUGGGUGCCCAUACUCCCUCGCUUUUUCCCACGACUCUUUAAUCAGGAUUGAUCUUACUGUGAUAAAUCAAUGAAAGACUGUCGAUGACACACGUUAACGGCGUUUGGUUUAUCAUAAUUUUUAUUUUUAUACGCCGUUCCCAGCUCUUUCGUUAAUGCCCAAGUUGCUACUCUAAUAAUCGGUUCCCGAUUCGGUACCUAUAUAUCUAAUGGUACAAAUAUUUAAGGCCAUAUUUCACCAACGAACAGUGUUAAGCCGAUCACUAUUGAAUUUCUAGUUUCAUUCGAUAUCGUUAUGUUUUUAACCUUUAUCA